GCUUUGAUGGUCACUUUAUUGAAUCGAUAAAACAUAGUGACUUAACAUUGAAAUGACUUAGAAAAGGAGAAUAACAAAGAAGACAAGACAUUUAGGAAUUAUUUGAACAGACUCGGAGCAAAAUGAUCGGUGCAAACGUGGACCAGGAUGGUAACAACAUAGUAGCGUCGCAAUCGACGAAUCCUCAUGCGUCGCAAGAUUUCACCGUUUCACGACUUUUAUCAACGUCGACGAUGCAUUCGUUAGAGUGUCACGCCGAAGGAACGUCGACGACUGGAAGUAGGAGACCAAGAAGAAGUAGGACAACCUUCUCGGCGCAACAGUUGGCCGCAUUAGAAAGGGUUUUCGAAAGGACACAUUACCCCGACGCUUUUGUUCGCGAGGAACUCGCUACUAGAGUAUCUUUGUCGGAGGCAAGAGUCCAGGUAUGGUUUCAAAAUAGACGCGCCAAAUUCCGGCGAAACGAAAGAAGCUCGGCACUUAAUCGCGGCACUUGUACAAGCAGAGAAUUGGAAACCACCACUUUACCGCUUCGACCGAUAAGAGUAAGCAGUCACAUGCACGAAAACAAUUCGGAAAACAAUUCCUUCCAAGCGCAACAGCUUCCACAUUAUUCCUAUAGCGAAUACUGGAGAUCGCCUCAACAUUAUACCACCGUUCAAAGCAGUAAUUGUCACGGAUUUGUCAACGCUAAUCUUGGGAACGUACCUGCUCUACCGUCGUAUCAUCAAUCAGCAGAAAUUCAUGGUGCCGUCGAAGGAACGACUAUAACUGGUCUAAGCGCAUUGAGAUUGAGAUCGCAUCCUUACAGUACUACCUAUCCCGCCAUGCACGCGAGCAUGUGA